AUGAAGGCCCACCACAAACCUGACGAUGACUAUGACUACCUCUUUAAAAUUGUGUUGGUGGGAGACUCUGGCGUAGGCAAGUCCAACCUGAUCUCCCGUUUUACGAAAAAUGAGUUCAAUAUGGAGUCGAAAUCAACUAUUGGAGUCGAGUUUGCCACACGAAGUAUCGAGGUGGAUGGCAAAACCGUCAAGGCUCAAAUAUGGGACAUGGCGGGGCAAGAGCGCUACAGGGCCAUCACGAGCGCAUAUUAUCGGGGGGCCGUCGGCGCCCUGCUUGUCUACGACAUCACUCGCCAAGUGACUUUCGACAAUGUUGAGCGGUGGCUGAAGGAGCUUCGGGACCAUGGCGACCAGAGCAUUAUUAUUACUCUGGUCGGCAACAAAUGCGAUCUUAAGCAUCUCCGCAAGGUGGCCAUGGACAAGUCUCAAGGCUUCGCUGAGAAGGAGGGGUUUUUUUUCAUAGAAACAUCUGCGUUGGACGCCACCAAUGUCGAAGAUGCUUUCACACAGAUCUUGACGGAGAUCUACUGGAUGAUGACGAAGAGAGCAUUGGCGCCAGACGAAGAUAGUUAUCAGCCGGGACGGGGUCAAACCAUUGACAUAAAUGCACCUCAGCCUGAGAAGAAGGUUGAUAGCUCAUGCUGUGGUUGA